AAAAUUAAGCUCGCGACGGCAGUCCGCGUUAUCGGCAGCCAAUCCGCUGUUUGUAUUUACCAAAGGGUAUAUACAAUGUGCGUUGAUCGUGGAUCGGACGGCGACUGCGAUUAGAACGUGCAACAGUCGUCGACCAUCGAUCGGCACGUUUAGUGAAACGUCGUGCCGCGUGCUGGCAGACGGUCUCGUUGGUAUGCCGAGCUUUUCUUUCACGUUCCAUCGAAAAUCGAAGCGUUGCCACGAAGCUACUCCGAGAGAGCACAUUUGCACGCCUCCGACUUAGGCGAAGACCGAAUCGUUGCCUUGAUAGCCAGAUAAACCCGUCCGGAGGAAUAAAACGAUUAAAGCGAUGGUGGAGCAUGGAAAGCAGAACCGUAACGUUCGCCUGAUCAACAACGAUGCCGAGCGGCGAUGAUUGAAACGGAACGGUUGUUCGCCGACGAGACAGCAAUUUGUUCGAACGAGGAUCAGACCGCGCACGGAACCGCAGGGCGUGCUUGAAGCUCCACGCUGGUCGACGUCGAAUUCGAUUGGAACUGUUACGAAGUAACUAUCAGAGAUGAAGCUCGAGGGCAAUUGUUCGAGCGAGGACAAUACCAAUGAAAUCCUGCUGCAACCCAGGAAGGGUUCGGGGACCCGGUUGCAGAUCGUGCCGAUACAACCCAAGACGAUCACGCAUCUGCCGAAGAGACCGCCGGUCGACCUGGCGUUCACGGACCUCGUGUACAAGGUGCGGGAGGGACGGAAAAAUAAUACGAAGACAAUCCUAAAGUCCGUCAGCGGACGCCUGCGAUCCGGGGAGCUGACGGCCAUCAUGGGUCCCUCCGGCGCGGGAAAGUCUACGCUUUUAAACAUCCUGACCGGAUACAAGUCAGCGGGCGCGGAGGGCAGUAUCACGAUGAACGGCCACGAGAGGAACCUUAGUGCCUUCAGGAAACUGUCCUGCUACAUCAUGCAAGAUAAUCAGCUUCACUCGAACCUGACGGUCGCUGAAGCCAUGAAAGUCGCCGCGAACCUGAAGCUCGGUUCGCACGUUAGCAAGGCGGAGAAGGAGGAAGUGAUCCAGGAAAUCCUUGAGACGCUCGGUCUGUCCGAACACACACGCACCAUGACCUCGAACCUGAGCGGUGGCCAGAAGAAGAGACUCUCGAUCGCUCUCGAGUUAGUCAACAACCCGCCUAUCAUGUUCUUCGACGAGCCUACCAGCGGUUUGGAUUCGUCGUCUUGCUUUCAAUGUAUCUCGCUGCUGAAGACUCUGGCUCGAGGAGGAAGGACGAUAAUCUGCACGAUUCACCAGCCCAGCGCGAGGCUCUUCGAGAUGUUCGACGCUUUGUACACGCUGGCCGAAGGGCAGUGCGUCUACCAGGGGUCCACGUCGCAGUUGGUGCCUUUCCUUAGGAACAUUAACCUCAACUGUCCGAGUUACCACAAUCCGGCCUCUUUCAUUAUCGAAGUGUCUUGCGGGGAGUACGGAGACAAUAUCAAGAGUCUCGUGAACGCCAUAAACAACGGCAAAUACGAUAUACGGGAAGGAUAUCCGUUUCCCGAGAACAAAUCCGAGGGGCUGAACAACGCGCCGAGCGAGUCGCUUCAGAAGGACGCGGUCGGCGGGGAGGCUGCGGAGGUAAAGGACAAGAACGACCUGAAGAAUUUGGAGGAGAAGUUUCAAGAGAACAGUACAAAAAUGUCGAAUAGCAAAGGGAUUAUUCCUGCUUUCGCGAACAACGAUAUUUCGAAGCAAACGGAUGUCGUGAUAUCCAUGGAAACGGACAAAAAGGAUAAUGCCGAUGCAGCUCUACUAGACGACACGAUUGUAGUUACCCCAGAAAGAUACCCUACAUCAGAGUGCCAACAAUUUUGGAUCGUAUUAAAGAGAACGUUGCUCUUCAGUCGCAGAGACUGGACCCUUAUGUACCUUCGGCUGUUCGCUCAUAUCUUGGUAGGGUUACUAAUCGGUGCGCUGUACUAUGAUAUCGGAAACGAUGGCGCUAAAGUACUUAGUAAUCUCGGGUUCCUGUUCUUCAACAUGCUGUUCCUCAUGUACACGUCCAUGACCAUCACGAUUUUAUCUUUCCCGCUAGAGCUACCGGUACUUCUGAAGGAGAACUUCAACAGAUGGUACUCGCUCAAGUCGUAUUACUUGGCGAUCACAGUGUCCGAUAUACCGUUUCAGGCGAUAUUUUGCAUAAUGUACGUCACGAUCGUGUAUUUUAUGACGAGCCAGCCGUCGGAUAUGAUGCGAUUCAGUAUGUUCCUGGGGGCAUGUUUGUUAAUUUCAUUCGUCGCGCAGUCGGUCGGACUCGUCGUCGGGGCGGCUAUGAACGUGCAGAACGGUGUGUUCCUAGCGCCGGUGAUGUCCGUGCCGUUCCUCCUGUUCUCCGGUUUCUUCGUUAGCUUCGAUGCUAUUCCCGUGUACCUUCGAUGGAUCACUUAUCUGAGUUACAUCAGAUACGGGUUCGAGGGCACCGCGUUGGCUACCUACUCUUUUGGCCGGGAGAAACUGAAAUGUUUCCAGGUCUACUGCCACUUCAAAAAUCCGGAGACGACCUUAGAGGAGUUGGACAUGCUCGACGCCGACUUCGUGCUGGACAUUCUUGCCCUGCUUUUGAUAUUCCUCGUCCUUCGGAUCGCCGCCUAUCUAUUCCUUCGUUGGAAACUGAAGACUGCGCGAUAGGGCGUCCCGCGCGACCUGUACAAAAGUUACCGAUGUUCAAGCGUGCAAAUCGUAAAGGCAACGCAUCUUCCUCGAGCGAUCAAGAAUUCUUCGCGGAGCGCUCGAUUUCUCCGAGGAUUAGUUCCUCUCGACGGAGAAGUCGCAUCUCUCGAGGCAACGAAGAGCUAAUCAGUGCCGUGCAUGCUUGAAAAUUGUUAUACGCGGACCGCGCGAGGUCCGACGCAACGUAAUUCGCGCGAUUUAAUUAGUUUUAUAACGAUGAAAGGGCAACUCUGCAGCAACCAGCGCGACACGUUUGUUCAGGGUACCGUUUCGUCGCUCACGACGCGAUUAAAUAGACAGGGGUAGCACAACACGGUCUAGUAUGCACGCAAGAGAAACACGUAAUGUUGAUCUCGAGCCGACCGUUGACCCGGUGCAUACGCGUGUCACCGGUCACGCAAAGACGGGCAGGGAUCAGGAAUGCGCGUUCGGGCGAGGCCGCUCCGCCGCGUAUCGUAGCGUCGCAAGUUUCAAUUCUCUGGCAGGGAUAAGAGGCCUUAAUUGACAACGUCUCGCGAGCGAUCACAUUUCUCUUUUAACCACCUAUGGCUGUGAGUUUGACGAUGUAGGAAAGUUACGAAAGACAAACACGACGACGCGUGUCUCGGGUUCGAACCGACAACGUUCCUCGCGGAGAGGGAAACGGCCGAAGGGACGACUAUCUUGCCAACUCUACCAUGUAUCUCGUUGAAUCGUCGGAUUGUUCGCGUCGCCGUCGCCGCGCUCGCGAGGACUCACGGUUCCCGGCGAGUCGACGGAAACGUCAUGUUCAUCGUAACUCUUCCCAGUUAACGUGUCUAUCGUGCGUAGCGUCAAUGUACAUUGUACCAAUCGAUUUAUAUUUUUUUAAGCGAGCCGACUUUUGUAAAAAGGAUUGAACACACCUUGCGAGUUACGUCUCGGAGUGAGGCACUCCGGGAGCUUUAAAGAUACAAGCUUUACCCGUCGGUUCCCCGUUCGAAUCGGUUCGAUUCGGACACUUGUUGGACAUCGUGGCAUUGAUUCGUUGUUGCUAAGCAAUUAGCCAUCGCUCGAUCGUUCUUUUCCUCCUUUUGUUUGUUUUUUAUACGUACGUACUGUACGCAGUGCCGACUCAACAGAUGUACUUUACCAGGAAAUACGUUUCUAUAUAUUUACAUUGAAUGGGGUAAAUUAUAUACGUGUUUAUAUCUAAAAGGAUUAACGUGAUCGAUCCCGAACCGAAAGCUAAUACUUUUACAAAGCAUCGUGCACAAAGGUCUGUGCCCGUGUCGCGUAUUCUUCGUUGUAUUUUAUAGAAUACGUUUAUUACGAAUAAAAGUAUACCUUUCAUAA